AAUUAUUCACUCACCUCCUCCUCAGGCUUUGACUGCCUCUUUCCUGGGAUCCGGCUUCAGGAAGGAGUUAUGACACUUGAUGAAUGCAUCCUGUCUUGUUCUUGCUGCCCGGCAUGCCAGUGCUUCUUCCACGAAUUUGAAAGACAUAUUGGCGGGCCUAAUCCCUAAGGAGCAGGCCAGAAUUAAGACCUUCAGGCAGCAACAUGGCAAGACAGUGGUUGGCCAGAUCACUGUGGACAUGAUGUAUGGUGGCAUGAGAGGCAUGAAGGGAUUGGUAUAUGAAACAUCAGUUCUUGAUCCUGAUGAGGGCAUCCGUUUUCGAGGCUUUAGUAUUCCUGAAUGCCAGAAACUGCUACCCAAGGCUAAAGGUGGGGAAGAACCCCUGCCUGAGGGCUUAUUUUGGCUGCUGGUAACAGGACAGAUCCCAACAGACGAGCAGGUAUCUUGGCUCUCAAAAGAGUGGGCAAAGAGGGCAGCUCUGCCUUCCCAUGUAGUCACCAUGCUGGACAACUUUCCCACCAAUCUACACCCCAUGUCUCAAUUCAGUGCAGCCAUUACAGCCCUCAACAGUGAAAGUAACUUUGCCAGAGCAUAUGCAGAGGGCAUCAACCGAACCAAGUACUGGGAGUUGAUUUAUGAAGACUGUAUGGAUCUGAUUGCAAAGCUACCUUGUGUUGCAGCAAAGAUCUACCGAAAUCUCUACCGGGAGGGCAGCAGUAUUGGGGCCAUUGACUCUAAGCUGGACUGGUCCCACAAUUUCACGAACAUGUUAGGCUAUACUGACGCCCAGUUCACUGAGCUCAUGCGUCUGUACCUCACCAUCCACAGUGACCAUGAAGGCGGCAAUGUAAGUGCCCAUACCAGCCACUUGGUGGGCAGUGCCCUUUCCGACCCUUACCUGUCCUUUGCAGCAGCCAUGAACGGGCUGGCUGGGCCUCUCCAUGGACUGGCAAAUCAGGAAGUGCUUGUCUGGCUAACACAGCUACAGAAGGAAGUUGGCAAAGAUGUGUCAGAUGAGAAGUUACAAGACUACAUCUGGACCACACUCAACUCAGGACGGGUUGUUCCAGGCUAUGGGCAUGCAGUACUAAGGAAGACUGAUCCACGAUACACAUGUCAGCGAGAGUUUGCUCUGAAACACCUACCUAACGACCCCAUGUUUAAGUUGGUUGCUCAGUUGUACAAGAUUGUGCCCAAUGUCCUCGUAGAGCAGGGCAAGGCCAAAAAUCCCUGGCCCAAUGUCGAUGCUCACAGUGGUGUGUUGCUCCAGUACUAUGGCAUGACAGAGAUGAACUACUACACAGUUCUGUUUGGGGUGUCACGGGCACUGGGAGUACUGGCACAGCUCAUCUGGAGUCGAGCCCUGGGCCUCCCUCUAGAGAGGCCCAAGUCCAUGAGCACGGAUGGUCUGAUGAAGUUUGUGGACUCUAAGUCAGGGUAAAACUGGGAGCUGGGGGGAAAGUGACUCCCAGAAAGCGAGGAAGCUUUAAAAAAAGGAUACUUUUGUUUCAGGGGCCUUUAAAGACUUAAGAUUAAAUUGUAUCUGAGGCACUGAUAAUACAUUUGAGGUUAAAAUAUAAAUUAAGACUUUAAAAAGAUGAAAAAUGACCCCUUCUUCCCGAACUAGCUCCUUUCCUCUGCCUGGUAUGAGUUGCUCAUCAACUGUCGGGUGACCAGGACUAAUGCAUGUGGUGGGGUUAGGUUGGCCCCCAUCACCUCUAAAGUGAGACUCCAGCUCCUCUUUCCCUGGGUCACAGCUGGUUGCAGAAAAUCUGCAGUCACUUGGGAGCUUUUGCUUCUACUCUGCCAAGCCCUCAGUAGGCCACCAAGCCAGGACUCUGCCCCUUCUGUUUCCAUAAGAGUCGUGUUGGAUUGUCAGCUGUACCGAGCCCUUGGCCCACUCCCAUGCACACAAACACCUCCUAGCAAGACCUGUUGGUUAGCUGGACAUGCUUUGGCAAUUUUUUAAUGCUACCAGGUGACCAUAAAAGCAUGGCAUUUGCUGUGACUGGUACCCAGUGUUCGAUUUGAUUUUUCUCUUUAAAACUACCCCAUUAAAAUUAUGGUCUGGGAGUGUUCUGUUUCCCCUUACUUUAGUACUCACCUCUCACCUCCUUCCAGACUUUCUAUACCUGCUGCACCUCCAGCAGAGGCUGUUUUGGACCUGUCUCGUCUUGGUCCCUACUAGUGACCUCUCUCAACAGAUCUGUCUGAUUUGUGGUCCCAAUCAUUGGGUUUUAUCAGUACUUAAUGUGAACUAAGCCUUUUACUUCCACAGGACACAAGCCACUACCCUCUGACCUCUCUCCCCACCUCCUUUUAAUAUGCUGUGGGGCAUAGAACAGGGACUCAGGAAUGACCAGGCGACAUCUUCAGAGUCUGGUCCCAGGGGUACUAGUACCUCUUAUUGAACAGGAAAAUGAUUCCAGAUCGGACAUAGUCUCCUCUGAUUCUCGGGUCCUGGGGCUGGGGCAUUAAAAAUAGUAGGCCUCUUUCCUCAUCCCCUGCCUUCAAGAAAGUGCCCCCUUAUUUAUCAGUGCCCCUCUUCUGCCCCUUCCCCAAGAGCUCACAGUACAAAGUUUGUUUUAGAAGCCCCAUACGGACAGGUUUUCAGCGACUCGGACAGGUUUUCAGCGACUCGAUGCUCUACCGCCUUUUCUUUGAGAAAAGAUUAAGAUACACUCCUGCUGUGCCCCCUUCUUUCCCAAAAGCUCCUGCCUGUGUUUGUGUGGAUCCCCCACCCCCAGAACCACGCUGUUGAGAUGGACACACUGUAAACCCCUGGAUAACUGUCAAGUUAUGAUGCAGACUUCAGGUUGUUCUGUAUAAAAUGCAAAAUAAAUGUUUUUAUUAACAAUG